AUGGCUGCGCAAGAACAACACAAGAACACGAUCACAGAACAACAAGAUCCAGAAGUUCAAGAUGUACCAGAGCAUGAUAUAUCUGAAGAAGACAUGACCUUUGUUUCCCGGUUGUAUAACUACAUCAUAGCCCUUGAGGCGAAUGAGAGGGAAGAAGAACAGCACAGCCAAGAGUUUGAACAGAGGUGGAAUAUCCCCAUGCAGUUGGUUUCCAUCAAGAAGCCAGCAAACACAGUCAGUUUCUACCGCAACUACAAGGGUUUCUUUUCCAUACCAAUGCUGGCCCUUGUAGAUGCAGAAUACAAGUUCAUCUGGAUUGGGCUGGUAGGUAAAGGACACAUGUCUCGAUCCCUGAUAUUUACAUACUCUGAGCUCUUUGAAUGCCUAGAAGAUGGGUCCAUAGGGCUGCCCCCAUUAUGCCCUCUCCCUGAGGAAACUGAGCCAGAUAUUCCAUACUUCAUCCUGUGUGAUGAUGCUUUUGCCCUGAAGAGGUACAUGACGAAGCUAUACAUAAGAGCAUGGAUAACAGAUGAGCAGAGAAUCGGAAACUACAGGAUCUCAAGGUGUAGAAGAGUGGUGGAGAAUGCCUUUGGCAUCCUGGCAAAUACGUUCAGGUGCCUGCUGGGAACACUGGAACAGAAGGUAGAGAACGUCACAAAUUUGGUGGAGACUGCUGUGGUGCUGCACAAUCUGGUAAUGGCAGUCAAUGAGGUGGACCACGAGGUUGAAGAGCACAACUUCGUACCAGGGGCCUGGAGACAUGGACCUCACUAG